AUGCGAGAUCUGUGUGACUUCAAGCGCAUAGCAGGGCCUCCAGGUGAGCCGGUGUUGGUUGGACCCCCCGGGCCGCCCGGGCCUCGGGGGCCAAAGGGUGACAUCGGAGACCCAGGCGAGAGAGGGAUUCCAGGCACGCUAGGUUUCGAUGGACUACCAGGUGUUGAUAGUGUAGCUGUUACCGGUCACCAGGGGAAGAUGGUGAACCAGGACCUAAAGGUGACAGGGGGUUGCUUGGCUUCCCAGGACCAAAGGGCGAUACAGGCGACGCUGGCUUACAUGGAGAACGCGGCAUACCUGGACUGCCGGGAGACAGAGGACUUCCUGGAAACUCUGGACCUCCAGGUAAACAACAGUUUUGUCAGACCAUCAGGUCCUACAGGCCCUGAAGGACCGGAUGGAAGACGUGGGCGGCCUGGCGAUGACGGCAUCAAAGGCACCAAGGGUGACAGGGGCACGGACGGGAUCCCAGGGGUGCCUGGGUUCAAGGGACCGAAGGGGGAUUUAGGGGACAGAGGCCCGCCCGGAUAUGGCAUCAACUGCGUCUGUGAAAAGGGCGAUAAGGGGGAGAAAGGGCAGCGAGGUUUGAUUGGCUUUACGGGUUACAAAGGCGACAGAGGUCACAGCACUAAAGGCGAGAUCGGACCACAAGGACCUCCGGGAAUACAGGGACCAAAGGGCAUCAAGGGAGACUGCGAUGUCUGGAACAAGGAACGCCACAGUCUUCGCGUAGUUAAUACAGAUAAGAUAGACGAGCGACCACAACAAGACUAUCGAGCCCCAAAAAAUCCUGGCUCAGAAAAUGCUUCCGGUGCUAGAGGUUCCCGAUCGAGCGGUACCAACUCCGACAAUCUUGCUACGGCAACUCUUUCAUCGGUCCUGCCCUUCCUUUGUUCAAUCUCACUUCAUGCAGUUAUAGGAACUUUAUCUCCAUUUUGACCAAAUGUAAGUUUUCUGGCGUGACUAGACAGGCUCAUAACUCGCAGUAGGAUAAACAUUAGAUGAAUAAUCGACCUGGCACCGCUGGCAUUGUCGACGCCCUGACGCAAAAGCCGUGCGUUUAUGCAAACAGGAGAAAUUUAAGACAAUGUGGUUUUAAUAGACAAAAGCAAUUUAACGGUCAGCUCUUUGCAUUCUAUUCAAAGUGACCGCUCUUCGGUUUCAAACAUCUGCAGCGUGUGUUUCACCUAGAUGUGGGGAUGGGCGACGUUUAAACGGAAAAGUAUAUGAACCGGAGUCGUUUCUUGUGAUUAGUAAACCACUAUCGUGGUGCAUUUUGCUCAAGAGAACUGUUAGUUGUCUAUAUUGAUAUAACUUGUCAGACGUAAGUGUUUUUCAAUUAAGGUUAAUACACGGGCUCAACGGUUGUUUUUAUUACGUGAGCAUAUGCAUAUUGAAUGUAUCCCGAAUUGCAAAACUACCAAGUGAUAUCUUACCUUGUUUCGGAAAUUCAUUUUCAUAAUCCAGAUACAUUCCAGACAUAAUAACGUCUAAGCAAUUAUCGUAUUCUAAAUAGAGUAAGGUAGUAUUCGCUUUUUUACAUUUAUUUUCAUAUUGUUUUAUAUCACCAAAUGUGAGCUUUGUGGGCACUUUCCUUACAAGUUAGUUGUUCGAGGAGCGUUUAAUUAGUAGUGGCAACAUAGCUGUAAAAUUACGGUUUCCUUGUGCACAUACAAAUAAAGCAUACUGCUGAAGAGUUUUAAUUUUCAAAAGGCCUUUCCAAAUUGUACAUAUUUUCCACGUUAACAAAUAGUUCAAUGCCAGUUUUAUGGCAAUAUAGCAUUUUAAGCUGACUGUAAUAUGGCUGAAUCUGGCGAAAAUAUCGGAAAGCAAAUAGCAUAUCAUAAGAUGCGCAGCUUACUAGGUUAAUUACUAGAAAUUAAAAUAGAUCUAGACAAUGUGUAUAGGGAAAUUGGUAUUUCGUACCGUAACGUUUCAAGGUAAGAAAGGAGAAAACAGCGCUAAAG